AUGUGGGAGGCGGCGCUGGAGCCCAAUGCCAUCACCCACUGCAGCGCUGGGGCCAGCGCGUGCGAGAAGGGCAAUCCAUGGCAGCAGGCCCUGUUGCUGCUCAGCGAGACGCGGGAGGUGAAGUCGGAACCCGACGUCAUCAGUUACAGCACUGGGAUCAGGGCGUACGAUGAGGGCGAUCAGUGGCAGCGUAGUUUGGCGCUGCUCGGCCAGAUGCGCGAGGUUAUGUUGGAGCCCAGCGUCAUUUUCCUAGAAAGGGCGUGGGCCCUGGGUUCCCUUUUAGCUGGGAUGACCAAACAUCAAUGA